GACAAAUAUCCUCCAGUAGAAUGCCAGAAUUGCAAGGCCUCCUUUGUCACUUAUGCAAACUUAGAGAAACACCAGGAGUUGGUGCAUGGGCAGGUCACAAAUCCAUUGUCAGAAUUUUCAUGUUCGUCCCCAGGCUGCAAUGCACUCUUUCCCAAUGCAGACCUCUUACUGACCCACCAACUAGCCCAUCAGAUUGACAGUGACGCUGCACAUGUUGACAAGGAGAGUGGUGGCCAUAAGUUACCCACUGUGGGUCAAAGUCCCUUGUGGAAGAAUUUCACUCUGCUUGAAGCGCACUAUAGUGAAAACAACUUCCCUGAUCCUAUGGAUAUAGGGUUUAUUGCUCGUAGAUUGGAGGUUGACCCACUUCAUAUCCACAUGUGGUUUAAGGAGAGAAGAAAUCAGCAUAUUCGAAAAUUAGAAGAAAGUGGUCGUAAGGUAAUGGGGGGCGAGGUGGCUGUAAGUACUCAGAGGGCCAUGAGCAAGGUGUGUGGCACAUGUGAUGCUGCUUUUAUAUGCCAGACAGACCUUGAUACACAUGAAGAGAUGCACAAGUCUUCAUGGGCACAGGUGUGCAGCAUGUGUGGCAUGGAAUACAGCAAUGUUGUGGCCUUAGAAACUCACUGGAUCCGCCAUGGUAUAGAAGUCUCUCGUGAAGGUGAACAGACUCCAGAAUCUAAGCCUGAGAAAACUUCAAAGGCAUCUUUUACAAACACACAGUUAAGGAUUCUUGAUACUCACUAUGAACACAAUAACUUUCCUGGAGCUACAGAGGUGUGGCUUGUAGCUAAACGGCUAAGGCUCAGACCAAAGCAAGUUACACAUUGGUUCCAAAAUAAGAGAGGUAGAGACCGUAGAGUGCAGGGUAUAAAUGCUCCUUAUUCACGUACUUGUCCUCUUUGUGGAGCAGCAUUUAUAUGUGAACUAUUUCUUAACAACCAUAAAAAGAUUCACAAAAUAAACAGUAGAUACCCAUGCACAGAAUGUGGGGCCAUAUUCCUGUCACCAGUAUUGCAGGAAACUCACCUGCUUUACCACAAUGUCAUUCCUAAAGCAAUGAUUCCUUUCCGUAGAACUCAAAGCGGUACAAAAGACCCGUUAACAGAAGGGCAGACAAAAAAUGCAGAUAAUUGUGAGUUAGAAGAUUCAGACUCCAGUGAACCAGAACUCAUUAUUGCAGACUCAGAAAAUUUUGACUUAUCUUUUGAUAAUUCACAAGAUAAAGAGAAUUCAGCUGAAGUUGAUGACCAGAUCCAGACAGAGAGUCUUGAAGAAACUGAGAGCAUUGAGAAAAUUCAAGUUGAAACUUCAGAUUUGGAGAACAGAAAACCUAAUCCAAGAAUGAUUGGUGAGGAAGUCUUCUUUGAUGAUAAUACAGACAGUGAAGAUGAUGAUGAUGAUGAUGAACCAAGAUUGAAAAUAGUGAGUGCCUACACUAUUUCUGCAGAUAUAGAAGAUCAUGAAUUAGAGACAGAGUAGUAAUAAUCAGAUGUAAUAGAAGUAAUGUAGGACAUGGUUAAUCAUUGAUGGUAGUAAAAUAUGUUUUGCAGACCUAUCAUAAACGUUUCCAACUUUGCUACCAGUGCAGUUCUUGUCAGUUGUCCAUUUCUCAUUAGUGGCUUCCUGUUACGUAGAUUAAAGAGUUACUAAAAUGUACAAUGGGAGAGUGGCUUGGAAACUAUAAUCAUUUAUGUAGGGCAUGCUGUCUCAGAACUUCUGAUGAUAUGUUCAU